AACCUGCUACCAAGCGAUGCGUAAAAUACCACAGGGAUCGAGGUGACAGGAAGGAACGUCAAGGUAGUAGAGUAAAUAAAUAUCGAAGUUGUCAUAGAGAGAUAACAGGAAGGAGAAGAAAAAAGUAAAGGUUAAAGCGAAAGAUUGUUUAAUAAAGUUAAGAUAAAUUCAGUUGAAAAGCGAAGUGUUUGUUGGAAAAAUUCUAAUAAAGUAAGGAAGCGGAGUCAGUGCAGGUUGUUUCUGACAGGCACCUAUCGAUUGAUAGUUAAAAAUCAACAAACAACUCUAGUGGACGGAAGGACUGUCUGAGACGAUUCGAGAAUUAAAGUCGAGAGACAUUAAGUCUGUGGAAUAUUCGGACAGAGCACAAUUAAAAUCCGUACGAACUACAACUACAUCGAAAGUUAGGUUAGCACGAGUACAGUCAGUAGGACGAAAACGUGUAACGCUAAUCGGUGGUUAAUUUAACAUCAAAUUAAACAAUCAUAAAUCAGGAGUAUUUGGAAGAGUUAAAAAUACACGAAACACUAAUUGUAAGUAGUAAAACCAUUUAACUAUAAUGUCUCGAUAAAUUGUAACCAAAAUUUUAAAUACAAUUUAGCUUUGAUCGGCUAGUUAAACGUCGAUUGUCAAGGAGGUUUCAUUGUUCGGUCCGAACAAAAUCAAAGAAUUAUUUCGGAUUGGAUUUGCUCUUCGCAGAAUGACUUCACGCAAUUCCAAGAUUGUUGGGGGCCACGACGAGGAGGCCUAUUCGGAAUGUUUAUAUUGUAAUAAAUGCGAGUCGGACGAUGUUGACUGGGUUCAAUGCAAAACUUGCGAGCGAUGGGCUCAUUUUUCCUGUGCGGGCGUGGAUGAGAGCGUCGUUGAAGUUGAGUGGGAAUGUUCGCGAUGUGAUCGGCCAGUCGAUCAACAACUAACCGUUCCAAAAACGUCUAAGACGCGGUCUAAAACUAGAGCCGGAUCGAAAAGCGAAGGGGGGUCUGUUCGCGGCAAUGGGUCUGUUUCCGAACUGACUGAUCAGCAGUUUGAGGAAGAACAACUCGCGCGUGAAAGAGCCUUUGCGAAGCAAAUGGAGAUUCGGGAAAGUAGACUACGUAGGGAGAUGGAAUGGAAUGCAAAGCAGUUGGAGAUGGAAAGGAACAUGCGAAAAAGGGAACUCGAGGUGCAACGUAUGAUGCAGGAAGAAAAGCUCAAGCAGGAACAAGAUCUGUUGAACGCGCAGUUAGCAGACGAACAAGCAUUUUUAAAGCAGCGGAAUGAAAUUCGAAGUAAACUGAACAGCAGUAUUCAAAAGGUUAAGUCAUAUAUGAACGAAGAGGGUGCUGUAGGCGGUACGUCGGAACAAACACCUAACAAGGUGACUUCGUGGCUACAUAGUCAAAGAAAAUCCGUAACAAAUAGAACAGCUAAUCGCGGGGCCGUGGAAAAAGUUGAAAAUCCGUUAGUAAGGCCAUCUUUAUCGGUUGCUGAAGAUGAAGUGAGUCAGUACGAUGAUUCCGACAGUGACGGGGAUGGAAGACAGGACUCAGACAAGAGUGAGAGCAUUGGAAAAAAUUCACUGGCGGCAGGCGAAUCUCACCGAAGCCAAAGCGGAUUUGAGAGUCAAGCUUUCAGGCUGACUCGGGAGCAGAUCGCUACCAGGAAGGUGAUAUCAGGACACUUACCCAAAUUCAAUGGAGACCCAGAAACAUGGCCGUUGUUUAUAAGCAGCUUUGAGAAUACAACCAGGGCUUGCGGCUAUUCGAACAUCGAGAAUUUGGAUCGUCUGCUAAACAGUUUGGGAGGAGAAGCGCUAAAUGCUGUCAGAAGCAUGUUAGUGCUCCCGGAUUCUGUGCCGGAAGUUAUUCGAGACCUUCGUAGGUUAUUUGGCCAGCCGGAAAAACUGCUAAGAACGUUGUUGAAUAAGGUCAAAAAUGCACCUCCACCGACGACGGAGGAUUUGAAAACUUUUGUCAGGUUUGGCAUAACGGUUAAACAACUCUGUGACCAUUUGGAAGCGGCGCAUCUUAGUGACCACCUGCGGAAUCCUUUGUUAGUGCAGCAACUUGUAGAGAAGCUGCAACCAGAAUACCAAAUGAAAUGGGUAGAGUACAAACGAGGUAGAAAGGGAACACCACUGCGACUGUUCACAGAUUUCAUCACUGGUAUCGGAGACGUGGCGUCUGAAGCAGUGGCCUAUUCAUUGACGACCAAUGACACAGCACGGCAUUCGAGAGUAAAACCCGCCAGGAAGAACGAAUUUCUGCACGUACAUGAUUCUGCGUCGAAGUGCGACGAUCGAACGUUCACAGGAAAAGCUAACAAACCUUGUUGGAUCUGCAAUCGAACAGAUCAUCUGAUAAGGUUCUGCGAGGACUUCAGGAGGAUGAACGUGGGAGAACGGCUGAAAGCUGUAGAAAAGCAGAAGCUGUGCGGUGUCUGUCUCAAUAAGCACGGCGACAAUGCAUGUGGGUCGAAGGCACGGUGUACCGUGAAGAAUUGCAAAGGCAAUCAUCACACACUUCUGCAUCGUGUAGAGGAAUCUGUUCAGCUACAGAGAGUGGAGUGUAAUACUCACGGAGGCCUAGAUCGUUCGGUCAUCUUUCGCAUGGCACCUAUAUCGUUGUACGCGGGAAAUAAGCGAUACGAUACACUGGCAUUUUUGGACGAGGGUUCAUCUACAACCCUGGUAAACGAGGCUGUGGCAGACCGACUGAAGGCGGAAGGAGAAACAGAGCCACUCAUUGUGACUUGGACUGGGAACAUCAAUCGGUUCGAAAAUAACUCCCGGAAAGUUGAAUUGACGCUGUCGGUAAAAGGCUCAAAGGAAAAGAUUCCGCUGGAGAACGUUCGCACUGUGUCGGAACUUUUGCUUCCGAAACAGCAUAUGCGUUUCGCUGAUGUUGCGAAGCAAUAUCCGCACUUAGCAGGGUUGCCGGUAAGAGAUCAUCCAACCGGACAAGCAGCGAUACUUAUCGGUUUGGAUAACCUGCAUUUGUUUGCGCCGCUGGAGUCACGAGUCGGUAAGCAAAACGAACCGAUUGCCGUGCGAUCGAGAAUUGGAUGGACGGUAUACGGCCCUGAAAAGCGUAAGCCGAGCGCAAGUACGUUCCUCAAUUUGCACACAGUGUCGCCAGUGAGCAAUCAAGAUUUGCAUGAUUUGAUGCGAAAUCAGUACAUUUUGGACGAAGCAGUUGUUUCAUCGUUUCCCAUACCCGAGCCGAAGGAAGAACAACGGGCGAAAGCGAUAUUACGAGCGACAACAAAACGGUUAGGAGAACGAUUCGAAACCGGGCUGCUGUGGCGUGAAGACGAACGCCGAUUUCCCGACAAUUAUGCGAUGGCAUUACGGAGGAUGAAGGCACUCGAACGAAAGCUUGAAAGAGAUCCAGCUUUAAAGGAGAAUGUUUGUCAGCAGAUCGUGGACUAUCAGGAGAAGGGUUACGCGCAUAGGAUAACUAAGGUAGAACUUACGCAGACGCCUAGCUCGGCGGUCUGGUAUCUGCCAUUGAAUGCAGUUGUGAAUCCACGUAAACCAGGGAAAGUGCGCCUGGUGUGGGACGCAGCCGCGUCGGUAAGAGGAAUAUCACUGAACACAGAACUGUUAAAGGGUCCAGAUAUGCUUAUACCCCUUCCCAGGGUUAUUUGCCGCUUUCGUGAACGUCCGGUGGCGUUUGGCGGAGAUAUCCAAGAAAUGUACCACCAGAUUCGAAUCCGAUCUGAAGACAAACAGGCGCAACGCUUCUUGUUCAGGUCCAACUCAGCAGAAACACCCCAGGUGUACGUAAUGGACGUGGCCACCUUCGGAUCCACGUGCUCGCCCUGCUCCGCGCAAUAUGUUAAAAAUUUGAACGCGGAACAGUUUUCAGGACAGUUUCCUGAAGCGGCGAUUGCGGUUAGCGAAAAGCACUACGUAGAUGAUUACUACGACAGCGUGGACACAGUGGAAGAAGCGAUGCAGCGAGCCAAAGAAGUGAAAUAUAUUCACUCUCAAGGAGGCUUCCAUAUCAGGAACUGGGUUUCGAGCUCCCAUGAAUUUCUCGAAGCGAUGGGCGAGCGGAAUACGAAUGAUGCAGUUCAUUUCAACCGGGACAAGAGUGCGGAGUAUGAGCGCGUGCUGGGUAUUGUUUGGGAGCCGGUUGAGGAUUCAUUUUGUUUCGCUUCCGUGUCUACUGCAGCGUUUCGGUCAGUUUUAGAUGGCGACGAACGCCCAACGAAAAGGAGUGUCCUUAGCUUCGUAAUGGCACAAUUUGAUCCAACGGGACUCAUCUCUCCAAUAACUGUGCGCGGAAAGAUGCUGAUCCAAGAUCUCUGGCGUACCGGUUGUGACUGGGAUACGAAAAUUGAUGCGGAAUCGUUCGAUAAAUGGCGUCGGUGGAUCGGUAUGAUGCGAAACAUCAAAUCCUUCAAGAUAUCGCGGAGUUAUUUUGGAGACGCUAAAUCGACAGAGAUACAGGAGUUAGAGCUGCAUAUUAUGGCAGACGCAAGCGAGAAAGCAUAUGGAUGUGUGGCAUACUUUCGGGCAGUCGUAAGAGGUGAAGUGCGGUGCGCACUGGUUAUGAGCCGUUCUAAAGUGGCCCCGUUGAAACAGGUAUCCAUUCCCCGUCUUGAGCUCCUGGCGGCAGUUCUUGCUGCACGACUGUCGAGAACUGUUAUCGAGAACCACAGCCUAGUCGUCGGCCGAGUGGUAUUCUGGGUGGAUGCUAGUGUGGUGCUCUCGUGGAUUCGCUCCGAUCAACGCCGAUAUAAACAAUUCGUCGGAUUCAGGAUCGGCGAAAUUCUCAGCCUAACGAAAUUGACUGAAUGGCGCUGGGUGCCUACCAGGAUGAACGUAGCGGAUCAGCUAACGAAGUGGGGCAAAGAUCCAGAAAUGCAUCCUGGAAGUGCGUGGGUUCGUGGGCCCUCCUUUCUAUACGAAAAUGAGGAGAAGUGGCCGAAGAAAGAAUUACCCCCCUCAAACACGACGGAAGAGCUACGCAUUCAUCUGUUGUUGCACAAUGUGAAGGUACAGACGAUUCUCAUAGACGCGGGGCGCAUUUCCAAAUGGACCGUGCUCGUGCGAACGAUGGCGUGCGUUUUUCGGUUUAUCUCGAACUGUAGACGAAAGUGCAAAGGACUGCCGAUUAAAACGCUGAAACCGACGAAGCUGCAAGCAAAGAUGUUGAAGCAAAAUGCGGUAGUUUGUACUAUUGUUCCAUUGCAGCAAGAAGAGUAUGAUAUGGCCGAAAAAUGUCUGCUGCGUAUGGCUCAGGCAGAGAGUUUUAUUGAUGAACUAAAGUUGUUGAAACGGAACGAAAACCGCCCAGUAAGUCAGUGGCUCGAAAUCGAUAAAUCUAGUCCUCUUAGAAAGCUCACUCCGUUAAUCGAUGAGGCUGGCUUGAUUCGUAUGGAGGGACGAUGUGCGCAGGCCGAGGAUCUUCCAUUCGAUCUUCGAUUUCCUGUCAUUUUACCGGAUGAUUCCAGGAUCACCAAUCUGAUCGUCCAAACAAACUGA